UGAGUGAGUGAGUGAGUGAGUGUGUGCGUGGGGGCACUCGGCUUGUUGUUGUCGGUGACUGAAGAGCAACCGAGGUUUCAAUCUGCGGCUGACAAACGGGCUCAUCAUAAUGCACUGGAACGAAAACGCAGGGACCACAUCAAAGACAGCUUUCACAGUUUGCGGGACUCGGUCCCGUCACUCCAAGGAGAAAAGGCAUCCCGGGCCCAAAUCCUAGACAAAGCAACAGAGUAUAUCCAGUAUAUGCGAAGGAAAAACCACACGCACCAGCAAGACAUUGAUGACCUCAAGCGGCAGAAUGCUCUUCUGGAGCAACAAGUCCGUGCACUGGAGAAGGCAAGGUCAAGUGCCCAACUGCAGACCAACUACCCCUCCUCAGACAACAGCCUCUACACCAACGCCAAGGGCGGCACCAUCUCUGCCUUCGAUGGGGGUUCAGACUCCAGCUCAGAGUCCGAGCCUGAAGAGCCCCAGAGCAGGAAGAAACUCCGGAUGGAGGCCAGCUAAGCCAUGUGGGGCAGGCCAGCAAUAAAAACUGUCGUCUCCA